GGAGUAAACACUAUUAAAACCGGACCACUUUAAGCGCAGCAAAGGUUUAAAUUUCCUCUUCUUUCCCUCGUGACCAGGGCUAAAAGAGUAUGUCGGCUUUCAACUCACUCUGUAAAGCAACCAUCUCUUUCCUUUCCUGUGGCCGCCAUACGUGACCUUAGAGUUUUGCGGGGAGUGAAGGGUGUUGACACAAUCCGUGAAAUCACACCACCAAUAAAAGUCCUGGAUUUCUUCAUUGUCUCCUCUGAGCCGCCAUAACUUUUGCCCCGUUGAUAAAAAGAAAACGAAAAAACAUGGCGAUUUAAACGACGACAUACCAGUCUCCCGACAAAGUAAUCUCCCGUCUAGUACUUUUGUUUUUAGAAGUCUAUAUUUGUUUUUGUUAAGUGCAAGGGCCUCUUAGCUGUCCUCAGCAACGCCUGCAUUUAACAAUCUUGUGUGCCACUUUCGGAAGAGAAGUCAACAUUCGAAGGGGCACAGUAUAUUUUUUAAUCAUUAUCCUAGCCAUUAUGAUCGUUCACAAGGGUCAUCGAGUUAAAAAAAAGUGGGGCGUCGUUUGAGGCACGCCCUCUUUGUCGGCCGUUGGGUGGCGACGGGGUCCUGAGAUUUCGAACGGCGAAACGGACCAAUCAGAGGAGGAGCCGGGAGGCGCUGAGUUUAAGAUGUUGUACGAGGGUAACCGAGCAGCGAGUUAUGAGGGUCGAUCUGUGAAAGGAGACCAGGAGGCGGCGGCGGCGGCGGCGGCGGCUGUUGGGAUGGCGUCGGUGAGGGGCCGCGAGAGAGGCUUGGCCCAGCUGGCGGUGCUGCAGCAGCUCCGAGCCGCCUAUGGGAUCAAGAUGAAGAGUCGGGCGGCGAAGGGGAAAUCUGUGGGAUCAGCAAGCGUCGCGGCAGGAGGGAACAAAGUCUUUGGAAUAGCUCUUCAUGCAUUACCUCAUCAAGUUGUUCCUGAAUAUGGGAGUAUACCUUGCUUUUUAGUUGAUGCUUGCAAAUACUUAGAAGAACAUAUUCACACCGAAGGACUUUUCAGAAAGUCUGGAUCAUUCAUUCGCAUAAAAACAUUAAAGAGUAAACUGGACCAAGGUGAAAACUGUCUAUCUACUGCCCAGCCAUGUGAUGUUGCAGGGCUUCUGAAACAAUUCUUCAGAGAAUUGCCUGAGCCCAUCUUCCCAGCAGACUUGCAAGAAGCUCUCAUCAAGGCCCAACAGCUAGGCAGUGAUGACAAGAACUCUGCUACAUUGCUGCUCUCCUGUCUUAUGAAUGAUGGAACAAUUGAUACCUUAAGAUAUUUCUUCAGUUUUCUUAAAAAAGUGUCUCUACGAUCUUUUGAGAAUAAAAUGGACAGCAAUAAUCUGGCAGUAAUUUUUGCUCCAAAUCUCUUGCAAUCAAGUGAAGCUGACAAGAUAUCAGCUCACACAGAGAAAAAGCUUCGUUUGCAGGCUGCAGUUCUGCAGGUGCUUAUUGAUCAUGCAGAAGAUAUAGGGCAUGUACCAAAGUUUAUCCUGGAAAAGAUACCCACUAUGCUUGGUAUUGAUGAUCCUGUUUCUACUCCUUCACUGCAAGACUAUGAAGAAAGUGAAAAUCCUGGUGAGCACCAGAGAAGGAGAAGACAGAGUGUAGGAGUCUUUGCAUCGGUGACUCCAGUGAUUGUUACUCCAAGUAUUAAGCGCAAAUAUCCACCUGAUUCCUGUCAAGGCUUCUCUAGCAAGAAAAGACUAUCUAUUAGGCAUAACUUGGCUCUUGAAUUGCUCCCAAGUAGUCUGUUUAGUUUUAGCUCAACACCUGGAUCAGCUCAGUUAGAGACAAGUCCUUGUAUAUCUUUUGAGGCAUCUCAGAGCUCACCAUCUACCUCAGUCACUCAUGAAAAGUUUAAUAUAGGAAUUCGAAGAAGCAAAAGGAUUGCCAGCAAAAAAGUACACAGGGUUGAGUCUGGAAAAAUGGGUUGCUUUUCUCCUAAGAUAAGCCGGAAAGAGAUGGUGCGGAAAUCACUGCGAUUAAAGUUCAUUCUGGGAAAGAACAGCAGAGAGAACACUGCAGUGGAACAUCCAGCUAGCAACAGAUCUGGAAAUAUUGGUCGUCGACUUGCAAGCCAGCAUGACACGGAAAGUGGAGUAGAUACUCCAAAUACGGUUGCACUGUUAAGCCCGUGUGUUGCUGAAUCUAUAACCAAGAAAGGUUCCAAAAAGAUCAGCAAGUCAGAGGAGAAUUUACAAACUGCAAACUGUUAUAAUGAAGCAAGCUACCGAAUGUCCUGGACUGCCUGCACCACAGAAUCUCAGGAAACCUGUAAUAGUGGUACUAAUUCAGUGGCGUGUCUUGAAGAAAAUAAAAUUUUUUUAAAGACUUCUCUUGCACCUCAAAACCCAGCAGUCAUUCCUGCUAGGUCUAGGUCCAUUGAUGCAAGUCCUGAGCAGAAUAGCAAUAACCGACAAACAUCCUUCUGUGAGGCUGAAAAUCAUGUGACUGCAGACACCUUAUUGAAGAUUAAGAGGGCAUUUUCUGAAUCUGGAAGCAACCUUCAUAAUUUGUUGGAAACUGAACCUUCAAAAUCGAAUCCAAUACAAGAAACAGCAUGUAUUUCAAGACUUGAUCUAAGGACACAGGUCUUUAAAGCUACAGCUCAGAAUAUGAAAAAUGUAGAACAGGAGACUCUGUUUGCUAACUCUAGUGCCACUGACAAACAUCUAUUGGAUACAAAUGAAAUCAGUGCUGUGGAAGGACCUCUCUUCCCAAAUACUACUGAUCUUGCUCAUGAAUUAAGCAAAAGUGAUGCAUCUGUACAAGAGGACCAGCUGACUGGGAUGAUCUCUCCAGAUACCCCUGUAAAUAAUGGAUCUAAUCUGCAAAAGGAGCUACUGGAAUCACAUCAGCAAUUCAUCCCAGAAAGAAUUUUUGAAGAUAAAGAAUUGAAAUACUGUAAUUCAGAGAAAGAGACUAAAGAACUUACUGAAACUAUGCUUCCAGAAGAUGGAGACAGAAAUAGCAAACAGCACCUACACAUGAAAACUCAUGAAAAAUCUAAACGUUCUCCUUCAGGAAAGGUUGCUGAUCAUAUACACUGGUUCAAUAAUCUAUCAUUAAAUGAACCAUGUUCUGCAACAAAAACCAAACAACCUCUUAAGUUUCAACGUACCCCCGUCCGUCAGUCUAUAAGGAGGAUGAACUCUAUCUUGGAGGCUAAAUCAGUUUCUUGUAACCUAAUCAAACCUGAUGGCUGCUUUUCUCUUGUUAAAUCAGUGAGUUAUGAAACGGCACUGUCCUGUGCAGAAAAUGUCUUGAAUAUAUCUACAACUUCAUUGUCCAUUUCAGAACCAAGCAGCAAGCAAAUGUUUACAGAUGAUCAGUUCACUCUGUCUUCAAAAUCCUGCCCACAACUGAUAUGUCCAUUAGAGCAAGCUGCAAGGCCUGGUACAACCUGCAAGGAGAAAUCUACUACUACUACUACUACUAAUCAAUCCAAAUCUGUCCUUGAGGACCUAACCAAUCAUGAAGCACCAAAAACCACUGUAAAAAUGAACACAAACUUAAAUGUUUCCAUUGCUACAACUGAUAAAUGCAUUCUCAGGAAGGCUGAAAAAGGGACUCGUUAUAGGGGGUCUCCAAAGAACCCAAUAGCCACAGUAAAACUCCUUCCAACUACUAGACCUCUUGACUUAUAGGCUCAACAAUCCAGUCCUAGCCAUGUUUACUCAGAAGUCUUAUGGAUUUCAGUAGUCUUGCACCUGAAAGACUGUGGUGUGCAUGAUUAGGAUUGCAGACAAUUUCAAUCUGUUUCUUUAAAAAAAACAAAAUUAUUUUGUUCUCAUUUUUAAUUGUUUUUUAAAAUUCAGUGGAAAUGCAACUUAUGACUGAAACUUGAACAAUUGUGUUCUGUUCGAAUAGCUUUUACCUUGUGGCUUCUGAUAGGUAUUAGUUUGUUUUUAUAUCUUACUGGAUUUGAUGAGGGGAAACUUAAUAGUGCUGGUGGCUACUGUUAACUCAGAUUGUAUAAGGAACCUUUCUAGUUGAUUUUCUAGAGAACAAAAAGUUAAGGAAUUGUAGUCCUGAUUAGUAAACACAGCACUACUUAUCCUUGGAAGUCUUGGUUCACAGGCUUGAAUCUUGCAAUAUAGUCCUUGGCUCACAUGUUCCACAGCUUUAGAAUGGCAGAAUAGGAGCUGUGACCUCACAAAAGGCUGCUUCAGAGGUUGGUCAGAGUGUUGCUGAGCAUAGGCAUUUGUAGGGGCCUGGGAGGAGCUACAUUUGCUAUCUCCCACCCUCUAAGUGGUGCUCUUUGGCUGCCAGGAAUUUGAGGGUCGCUUGAGCCUCAGGGACACGUUCCUGGCAGCCAAAUAGCAAUUUUAGAAGAAGGGAGAUAACAUAUGUUGCUCUCCACUCUCCCCUGCACUCACAUUUGACAUGCUGUGACUGAGCUCUGAAGCAGCCUGUUGCAAGGAUGCUGCUCCUGUUCUGCCCUUCUGAUGCUGUGGAAAAUGUGAACCUAUAUCAUACAACCUUGAAGCAUCUGUGAAGCUUAUUUCCAGCACUUGUGCUCCAUUUCCUCUUUGGCAGUAGGAGGUGCAUUUUCAUUAAACAAAUGACCACCAGAUAAAAUGUUGGGUACGUGUAGUAUGUUUCUAGGUAGCUAAUUGCUUAUUUGUAUGUGAAUCCAUGUGGAGGCUCCUAGAAAUGAAAUACAUGGUAGACUAUUUCAGUGCUGAUAGGUAUACAUGAUUUUCUGUCAUGUAUCUUUUUUCUUUUGGUCCCCUUUCCCUCCCCACCCUCCUUAACUUGCAGGUCUUAAUGUGAUGUAGCAAAUUGUAUUAUUCAAGAGAAUAAAACAUGCUGAUUAUGUCAUUGAAAUAAAGUUGUAUAAAGCCAUACUGUUCAUUUGCACAAAUAUUGUUUGCUCUAGUAUUGAAACUGUUGUAAAAAUUAUUUAAACUUGAAAUUGAUUGUUUUUUUGCUUUCUCUGUACUUUGAUUUGUGAUAGUGCUAAACCUCAAUGUCUCUUUAAAAUAAAAAGCUCUUAAAUUUUUUCUGUAA